AUGACUCAUCAGGAACGUGACCCUGAAAAGGGUCCUACGCGUUUGAGCACGGAGGUCCUGUGUCAAAGGAAAGAGCUGAGAGGGGGGCAGGUGACGCUUCAGACAGUUCCUGGUCGUGAACUGAUGAAGCGGCAUGCGACUCUGCGGCCCCGACCCGAAGCGUGCGCGCGACGCUUCAUAUGUAGCGUCGCCGCCUUGCCCGGGGUGUAA